AUGUCGUUCCUAAAUGGCACCAGCCUAACUCCAGCUUCAUUCAUCUUAAAUGGCAUCCCUGGGCUGGAAGAAGUGCAUUUGUGGAUCUCCUUCCCCCUGUGCACCAUGUACAGCAUUGCCAUCACAGGGAACUUUGGCCUUACGUACCAUUACUCUGAAGAAGCCUUACACAGACCUAUGUACAUCCUCGUAGCCCUUCUUUCCUUCACAGAUGUGCUCAUGUGCACCAGCACUCUUCCCAAUACCCUCUGCAUAUUGUGGUUCAACCUCAAGGAGAUUGACUUUAAGGCCUGCCUGGCCCAGAUGUUCUUUGUGCACUCUUUCACAGGGAUGGAAUCUGGGGUGCUCAUGCUCAUGGCCCUGGACCGCUAUGUGGCCAUCUGCUACCCCCUGCACUAUGCUACUAUCCUCACUGAUGCGGUCAUUGCCAAGGCUGGACUCCUCACUUUUCUUAGAGGUGUAGUACUUGUUAUCCCUUUCGCUUUCCUCACCAAGCGCCUGCCAUACUGCAGGGGCAAUGUUAUACCUCACACCUACUGUGACCCCAUGUCUGUGGCCAAGAUAUCUUGUGGCAAUGUUAGGAUCAAUGCCGUCUAUGGUUUAAUGGUUGCCCUCCUGAUUGGGGGCUUUGAUAUCUUGUGCAUCACAAUCUCCUACACCGUGAUCCUUCGAGCAGUUGUGAGUCUCUCAUCAGCAGAUGCUCAGCAGAAGGCCUUCAGCACAUGCACUGCCCACAUCUGUGCCAUUGUCAUCACCUAUGUCCCAGCCUUCUUCACCUUCUUUACUCACCGGUUUGGGGGACACACUAUUCCUCCACACAUACACAUUAUUAUGGCUAAUCUGUAUCUACUUAUGCCUCCCACAAUGAACCCUAUUGUGUAUGGGGUGAAAACCAAGCAGAUACGAGAAAAUGUCAUUAGAUUCUUGCUUAAGGGAAAAGACAAUUCUCAUAACAUUUAA